CAGGGGUUUCUCCAGGGUUGGAGAAAUGUAAAAACGGGGCCCGCGCUUCGCGUUAUUGGGCGGGCACCAGCCAGAGUGCCCACGCAGGUGUGGAGUCACGCGGGUGCGGGGAAAGCUGGUGGACUUGUGCAGCUUUUCAGGACUGCAGGCCAGCGGUGUCUUGGAAGAACCUUAGAACCAGGCAGGCCCCCCUCUAGGAUGGUGUCGAGAAAACACUCGCCUCUCACCAUGAGUCUAGACCUCCACUACGAGCAGCUGAGCGACACCCGGUGGGCAGAACUCCUGCCUCAGAUGCAGCAGUACCAGGUGGUCAGGCUGGUGGACUGUGGCAUCACAGAGGGGCGCUGCAAGGACAUGAGCUCCGCGCUCAGGGACAACCCCACCCUGACUGAGCUCAGCCUCUCUUCCAACGAGCUGGGCGAUGCUGGCACACACCUGGUGCUCCAGGGCCUGCAGCCCACCUGCAAGAUCCAGAAGCUCAGCCUCCAGAACUGUUGUCUGACCGAGACCGGCUGUGGGACCCUGUCCAGCGUGCUGCGCUCCCUGCCCUCCCUGUGUGAGCUGGACCUCAGUUACAACCAGCUGGGGGAUGCGGGCCUGCGGCUUCUCUGCGAGGGGCUCCUGGACCCCCAGUGUCACAUCGAGAGGCUGCAGCUGGAGUAUAGCAACCUGACAGCUGCCAGCUGCGAGCCCCUGGCCUCAGUGCUCAGGGCCAAGCGGGAGCUGAAGGAGCUCGGGGUGAACAACAAUGACAUUGGCGAGGCCGGCGGCCAGGCCCUGUGCCGGGGCCUGGCUGAAUCCACCUGCCCGCUGGAGUCACUCAAGCUGGAGGGCUGUGGCCUCACCUCGGCCAACUGUCAGGACCUGUGUGGCAUCGUGGCUGCCAAGGCCUCGCUGCGCACCCUGGAGCUGGGCAACAACAAACUGGGCGAUGCGGGCAUCACAGAGCUGUGCCCUGGGCUGCUGAGCCCCAGCUCCCGGCUCAAGACCCUGUGGCUCUGGGAGUGUGACAUCACGGUCAGUGGCUGCAGGGACCUCUGCCGAGUCCUCAGAGCCAAGGAGAGCCUGAAGGAGCUCAGCCUGGCUGGCAACGCGGUGGGGAACGAAGGCAUCCAGCUGCUGUGUGAGAGCCUGGUGCAGCCCAGCUGCCAACUGGAGUCCCUGUGGGUGAAGUCCUGCAGCCUCACAGCCGCCUGCUGCCCACGUGUCGGUGCGAUGCUGGCCCAGAACAGGAGCCUCCAGGAGCUGCAGAUGAGCAGCAACAAUCUGGGGGAUGUUGGCGUGGAGGAGCUGUGCCAGGGCCUGCGCCAGCCUGGCACGACCCUGCGGGCGCUCUGGCUGGGGGACUGUGAAGUGACCGACCAGGGCUGCCACAGCCUGGCCGCACUGCUGCUGGCCAACCACAGCCUGCGUGAGCUGGACCUCAGCAACAACUGCAUGAGUGAGGUGGGCGUCCUGAGGCUGGCGGAGAGCGCCCAGCAGCCCAGCUGCACCCUGGAGAAGCUGAUCCUGUUCGACACCUACUGGUCAGAGGAGACCGAAGACCGCCUGCAGGCCGUGGUGGAGGAGAAGCCGAGCCUGAAGAUCAUCUCCUGAGCCCGCUGCCCUCCCCCCAGCUCCUGAAACCGCUGGGCCACCUGCAGGGGGCUGGCCAGCUCGCUGGGGCGCUCUCCUGGUGCCUUAGCUUUAACUGAAGAGAAAUACUCAAAUCAACUUCUGUAAGAACAUUCUGUACACUUUAUAAUUAUUAAAACUUUUUGGGUAGAA